GGGCAGAGGGAGCGGCUCCCUGUCCUGUGGGGCCGGCAUUGCCCUAAUGAUUCAGUAAUUCUUUGAUGCCUCAUACCAGAGCCCUGAGGGCCGUGCAGAGGCACCAGACUCUGCUCUUUGCACUUGUCAAUCCUCAGUGCACCUUGUCCAGUGAACAAUGGAGUCAGACRUGAAAGUGAAUGAAGGUUUAAAAAGCCAGUUUAAGACUUAUCAGGAGCAACAACGAAAGCGGCUGCAAAAUGUGAURGCGAGGAAGAAGGAGAAGCAGAGCAGUCAGAAGGACACUGGCAGCUCAMGGGAGACCUUAAGAAGCCUGGAUGAUCUAAACCUGCUGAAAAGAUCYUCUGUAAAUGAAGAUGGCAGAAAAAGUUUUCUUGAGGCUGAAAAUGAGCAGCUGCAGAAUCAGCUCCGAGAGGUCCGGGAUGAGAACUGYAGGCUCUACAAACUGGUGUCAGAGAAAGAUUUUGAAAUCAAGCAGCUCCAGAAAAGCGUGCAGGAGGACAGGUUGGCUCUGUCGGGGGUGUCUGGCUUAGCUGGAGAUGUGGCAGCCACUAAAAUAGUUGAGUUGGCCAAAAAGAACCGUGAGAUGACUGCUGAGGCUGAGAGUGAGAAAGCCAGAGUGAAGCAACUGAAUCACAGAAUCAAGGAGCUGGAGAGAGAACUACAGGCAGCCACAGACAAAAUCCAUUCCCUYGGUGGUGAUACUGCAGGAAUCAAGGAAUCAACUCUGAAAAUGCUGGAAGGAAACUUGGCUGAGAGCCCAGAGGUGAAAGCAUUGCAGGAAAAAUURAAUGCAGCCAACCUAAAAGUGACGGAAUAUCGGAACCAGCUCCAGUCUGUGAAACAGGAACUGAAGAUGACUCAGAAGCUUUUAGCCAAUGAAGUUGGGGAAGAUGUGAAUAUCCAAAGUCUCUUGACCAAUUCUGGCAGCUGGCGUGGACGGGCUCAGCAAAUUCUUAUUCUCCAAAGCAAGGUUCGAGAGCUGGAGCAUAAGUUGAGUCAAAACAAGCUCAGAGCUUCACUGCUUGACAUGGAUGAGGAAUUGGUGGGAUUUGCUGAUCCAAGGAAGUUGUCAGUCCAAGAGAAGAACUUGUUGAAGAUUCGAAACUUGGAAAAAGAAAAGAAAGAAUCUUUGGAGAAACUCGCCAGGGAACACAACACUCUCCAAAAAAGCCACGAGGAUUUGAAAACAAAACUCGAUGCCUCAAAAGCCAGGAACACAAUGCUGUGUGGAGAAGUGAAGAUGCUGAAGGGACAGAUUGCAACCUUGCUGGAGAAAGGGAAACACGAUGAUGAGCUCAUAGAUGCCUUGCUGAGCCAGCAGAAGCAAAUGCAGGAGAUCUUAAAGGGCCUGAGCCAGAAGGAGGAUCAGAACAAGGAGUCCCGGCAGAUGAUGGGGCAGCACUUGAAUGAGGAGGUUCAGAAACAAAACUCCCUGAUAGAGCAGCUCAGGGAGCUGGUGGCUGACCGAGAAACAAAGGUUAAAAGGCUGGAGGAGAAGAUUGGGCAGCUCACACUUCAGCAGAAGAAAUUUGCCCACACAUGGGACGGGUCAGGAGCUGCUUAUCCACCACCCUCCGGGCAUGCAGGAGCACCUCUGGGAUCAGGCAGCAGCAAGGCUGGAAAGACAGAAUUUGCCCGCUCCAGUGGCAAGGGCGGCUCGGGCUGGGAAGUGCUGCAGACACAGAUCACAGAGCACAGGGCUCUGUGCCAGGCUGCUGAAGUGGAGAGGAAAAAGCUCCUGGAAAUGGUGUCUGUGCUGCAUAAAAGGGCAGAGGAAUGCAGUGACAAAGCCAUGGAAGCUGAGAAGAGGCUUCAGGAAGAGAAGUGGAGAAGCGACCUUUUGGAGCAGCAGCUUGAAAAGCUUCAGGGGGAUCCAGGGAGCAGCACAACAGCACAGAAACCUCCCCAGAGGAGCAGAGCAGCCCAGUCAAAACUCUGCUUGCACGGGGGUGACAGGAAGGACCUCUCUGCUGCCCUGUCCAAAAUGCCCCUGGAAUCUCAGGUAGAGGAGCUGAGCAUGAGGCUUGUGAUCCAGCUGGAUGAGAACAAAGCUCUGAAAGCUGCUCUGGAGGACACUGUGAGAAAGAGAGAUGAAGAUUUUAAACUGUAUCAAGACACAGUGGAGCAAGUGAAGAAUAGCUUUUCACAGGUCAUUCAGCACCASAGACAAGAGAAGAGUUAAGCCAGAUAUUCCCAGUGCUUAGGACUGCAGAGCAGGGAGAGAGCCCAGGCACAGUGCCUGGGAAUUGAAAUGCAGUGGCAGUGUCGUUUUGCAGCCUCAGAUCGUGUCAUUUCUCAUUUCUAAUGUCUCAGGAUGAGAAACAGAGAUGAAAUACAAAAAGGGAAGGUUUCAUGUGUCACCAAAUUCUCUCUGAGCCUUCCAAGCAGGGCUGCACGUGCUGUAGUUGGUACAGUUUGGGAAGCUACAAUUCUGUAGGGGGAUUUUGGGCAAAACCUCCCUGGUUUCAGUACUGUGCUUCCUGAGAGAGCUCAGUAUUCAAUCUGCUUUUUUCAGCUCAGGAAGGAAUUUGCUGUACAAAAGUUAGGCCAACCCCUUCCUUCGAACAAAACAAGCUCUGUUUUUAUCCCCACCCUGGUACCUGCCUGGCUCAGGCUUUCUGCAGCACUUCAGUGCCCGAGGCACAGGAUUAGCCUGACCUGGGACUAUCUGCAAAUCACCUUUGGGUGGGCUCUGCUCACCAUCCCAAACUCUUCCUUUGAUUGAACACAUUGACAGCAGUUUUCUGAACUCAGUAGACUUUGCACUGAAAAACUGCAGAUUACCCCUGUGAUGAGUCAGCCUACCUUAAAUUCAGCUCAUUCCAUAUCAAAUCUGCCAUCCAGAUUAUGAAUUCCCUGUUUCUGGGUCUCUGCGUUCAUCCAUCAGACAGAUCUUGUUCUCUCUGGAAGAAAUGCUACAAAAUGCAGGCAGGUCUUUGCUGCAGCAGUGCUGGGACUUUUGGAGCUGCUGCAAACCCUCCCAGCCCUGUCCUUCUCUCCUGCAGCAGAGUGAGGACACGGAGUGCAAGCUAAUCAGGCAUUGCCAUGCAGCCUGCCAGUGCAGAGCAGCCUUGGGGAUUCCAGGCAAAUGGAGAGCCAGUCUUUUUUGCACAGUGCUGUUUUGUUUCUCACUUGAAAGUCUUGAAAGCUCUUCUUUYUCUGCUUUGCUUUGUCAGACUCUUUUUAUGAGCCUGAAGUUUGUCAGGCUUUAACCCCAGCCAACGUCACCAGUGCAAAGUGRAUUUUUGUGUAGGAAAAUCACUGUUCCCUUCCCCAGAGUGGGAUUUCAUCCUGACUCCCCUGUGCAGAGUGAAAAAGCAGAGCAGGAGUCACUCCAGGUGUGUUGUCCCUGUUUUUUCUCCUUAGGUUCAGGAAUGUUUCUUUCCAAACAGUUCCUGGAGUCCCUGGUGGAGGAGGUCAGGGAGCUGAGGAUAAGCUCAGCACCUGGGAUCUAACAGGGAAUUAACCCUCCCUGUGCUUASGAAGCUGCUCCAUCCCCCAGCACUGCCCCAGAGCUCAGCCAAGCUCCCAGGGACCUCCCUCCCAAAAAGCAGAACCWUUCAUUGCCAUAUUUUUCCUGCCAGUAGCAUCAGAGGUAAAAGCAUCUUGCAGCCCUCAAUCAUCUCUGSACAGCUUGAGGAAUAAAUCCUGGGCUGAGAGUGAGCCACAGUUUCAGUUUCUGUUCAGCUCCAUCCUGAUGACUCCGCAGAGGGGAGGGAAUCAUCCCACCUCUGACAGGGGUUUCAGGAACCUGCAGUAGGGAACAGAUCCCCCACAGGGCAGGGCUGUGGGGCUGUGCUGCUAAAUUCAGGCCGUAACUUGGAGCUGCAGGUUCUGAUUUCGCUUACMCAGGAGUGUGAAUCAAUAACAUUUUCAAGGAGCAGAGCAGAGGCAUCUGCUGCCCUUCCUUGUCCCGUGUGCCAGGGAAGCUGUGAMGAUCAAACCUCUCUCCAGGAAAAGGGCUCUGAAUCAGSCCCUCAAGCACASGGAAGAAACUGGGAUGUCACAGCAYACAUAUGGCUCUCCUGCAAACCYCUUUCCAAGUGCUGCUACACUCAUUUCAUUAAACUUGUGCUUGUUUGGRGCUCCACAGAAGCAUUUGCUCCUUUUUUCUACACCACCGGAUGCCUUGACAAAACAAAAAUCCAGCUACUAAAAGUUUAUUUAGACAGYCUGUAUCUGUAAGUAGCUGCUCCUCAUGGAAAUCUGCAAUCUGUCUCCUGUCACAGAGUGGGAGGGUCUGAACACAGCUCAGAAUGUCCAGAGCUUUUCAAUGUUUUGAAAUAUGUUCCCCCUGCACUUCCACAGAGGGACCUGGCUUGAAUUCUCCCCAUGGCUCUUGCUGGUUCCCACUUUUCAAGGGAUGAGACCAAUUUUCUUGCAGCAUUUUCGUGAAUAUUGGAAAUCCUGGCAGACCCUGGGAGCAGCAGCC